UCCCAGAACGAUUUUAUUAAUGUUCAACGAGUUCAUUGUUAUCGACAUUGCAAGGACCUGUAUAUGCUCCUUCUAUGCUGUUUUUAUUAUAUCCUUGAUCCUAGCCUAAUCUUAAAUUUUAAAUCGAAGAUAAGGAACAAACAUAAAAGAUUUAUUAAAAUAAAACACUACAAAGAAGAAAACACUUGCUAUUGUGUAUUGAAUAUUAAAGAAAAUAGGCUUUAGAUUCCAUGGCAUUUCCACUGAAUGAUCAAGUUUAUAUAAAAUCUUUUACUCCUAGAGAAUAUCAAGUAGAGCUCCUUUAUGAGGCUAAAGAAAAAAAUAUUAUCAUUUGUUUAGGAAGUAAUUAUGAACAAACUUUUAUUGUUAUAAAAUUAGUUCAAGAAUUUGCAACAAAUAAUAGAAGGCCUGUGAAGGAAGGUGGAAAACAGAUAAUUUAUAUAUUAUCAGAUAAAGAAAAGUGUUUGUUAAAAGCAACAUAUAUUAAACAGUUAACAGAUCUUAAUGUAUCAUUAUGUGAUACAUGUACAGAUCUGACUAAAGAAGUCACAAAUUCCCAUGUAUUAGUUACAACUUCUAAAACAUGUGCAUUGCUAUUAUCAGACAAGAAAAUCUUACCUAAUCAGAUAAGUCUAGUCAUAGUUGAUGAGUGCCAUAAAUCUGUAUAUGAUAAUAAACUCAGAUUUAUCUUACAAACUUUUUUAACAUGUAUAAACAUUCCUAGAAUAAUUGGUAUAGCUGUACCAUUAUUUAAUUUAACACAAGAGCCAGGAAGACUUGGACUAGAGAUAGAAAAAAUAGAAACCGCUUUUAAAUGUGAAGUUGAAACAGCUAGUGAUAUAUUAUCAAUACUCAGAUAUAGUCCUAAACCUAAAGAAUAUAUAAUAGAAUAUAAAAAAGGAGAGAAAGGAGAACUAUAUGAAACAUUAGAAAAUUGUGCGUUGGAUGCUAUCCACUUUUUACAAGAUCAUCGCUAUGAUCCAACUGAAAUUUAUAAUGAAGAAUUUCUUGAGGAUAUCCAAAAAAUACCUAAUCCUACGGAAAAGCCCCGUGAGAUGAUGCAAGAUUUUCUAUAUAUAUUAGAAACUCUUGGACCAUGGUGUGCAGAUCGUGCUGCGUUAGCUCUUUUAAUACUAACAGAAAAAUUAAAAAUGAAGACUCCUUAUGAAAGACAUUAUCUCUUAUUAAAUUUAGUUGCAUCGGUUUUUAUUAAAAUAAGAGCUCUUUGUGAUAAUACAUUUGAACAUUUAUCUGAAAAGGAAAGGAUAUAUCGUUAUACUACUCCAAAAGUUCAUCGGCUUUUACAAAUUUUGAAAACAUAUACACCAUUUUAUAUUAAAUAUAAUAAUACUUCAGAAACAAAAUCAAAUACUGAUGGUGAAUCUAAAAAUAUUAAAAGUAAUGGAGAAAUAACUCCUAAAGAAAAUCAUAUACAAAUAAAAAAACCAGACUAUAAUUGGAGAACUGGGGAAGAUAAUCAUAGAAAACCAUACAGACCACAACGAUAUUUUCGUGGAAUUGCAGAUCCUGAUUUAUUAUGUGGAAUAAUUUUUGUUGAUAAAGCAUUUACAGCUAAAGUUUUAUCUUACUUAUUAAAUGAAGCAUGCAAAUAUGAUGAAGAUUUACAUUUUCUUUCUCCUCUUUACAUGAUUGAAAGUAAUACUGAUGAAGUUGGCUAUUGUAGAGAUUUAGAACUAGAACAUAGAAAGCAAGAAGAAGUUUUGAAAAGAUUUAGAAUACAUGACUGUAAUUUAUUGAUAGCAACUUCAAUUUUAGAAGAAGGUAUUGAUAUCCCGAAAUGCAAUUUUGUGAUGAGACAUGACUUCCCAAAAAAUUAUCAAUCCUAUGUACAAUGUAAAAGCAGAGCAAGAGCUGUGGAUGCAUUACACAUAUUAUUGGUACCACAAGAAAUAUCUAAGGAAUGUGUUUGGCAAUUAGCGCAAUACCAAUACAUAGAAAAGACUUUAUUAUCAAAAUGUUCAAAUAAAGAACCAACUGAGGAAGAAGAAAAGGAAGCAGAUAUGUAUGCUGCUAUGAUACCAGAUUAUAAGCCGCUUGAAAAUGAUGAUGCACCUAAAGUAACUUUUAAUUCUGCUAUUUCAUUAAUAAACAGGUAUUGCGCAAAAUUACCUAGUGAUACUUUCACAAGAUUAACACCAGAAUGGUCUGUUCAACUUUUAGAUGGACAGAGUCCAAUGACUUACACAUGUUCUUUACGACUGCCUAUAAAUUCACCAGUAAAAUAUGUUAUUUCAUCAUAUCCAAUGCCUAAUAAAGCUAUGGCUAGACGUAUGGCUGCACUGCAAUUGUGUAUUGAUUUACAUAGAGAAAAUGAAAUAGAUGAUAAUUUAUUACCUAUUGGGAAAGAAAAUUUUAAAGCCAAGCCCGAAGAUGCUGAAAUACCUGCUUUACCAGAUGAAAGUAGAUUAGAUUUUUCAGAAGCUCGACCUGGAACAACUAAACGUAGACAAUAUUAUUACAAAAAGACAGCAGAGGCAUUAACAGAUUGUAAACCAUUAGUUGGAGUUCCUUCAUAUCUAUAUCAUAUAAGCAUGGUACUAAGUUGUCCUUUACCAGAAGAACAAAAUACAAGAGGACGUAGAAUAUAUCCUCCAGAAGAAUCAGCUAUAGCUUUUGGUAUUCUCACACUUAAAAAAAUACCAAAGCUAUGCGCAUUUCCGAUUUAUACGAGAUCUGGUGAAGUUCAUGUUAAAUUAAAAUUAUCUAAACAGACCGUAAUUUUAGACGAUGUCCAAAUAGAAAAAGUAGCUACAUUUCUUAAUUAUACUUUUACAAAUGUGUUGAGAUUGCAAAAAUAUUUAAUGGUUUUUGAUCCACAUGCUUCAGAAAAUUCUUAUAUUAUUGUACCAAUAAGAUUGACUACUGCAAAUGAAGAAUUAGAUGUUCAUAUUGAUUGGGAUUUUUUGGAAUGUAUUUAUGAUAAUCGAAAUGCAACACCUAUUAAAGUACCUGAAGAAGAAAGAAAGAAUUUCAAAUUUGAUGCAUCAAAAUACUAUGAUGCUGUAAUCAUGCCAUGGUAUAGAAGUCGAGAUCAACCACAGUAUUUUUAUGUUGCUGAAAUUUGUGCAAAUUUAAAUCCAAAAUCUUCGUUUCCUGGUGAUGAUUAUAGUACUUUUGAAGAAUAUUAUUUAAAGAAAUAUAAUAUACAGAUACAAAAUUUAGAUCAACCUUUAUUAGAUGUAGAUCAUACAUCUGCUAGAUUAAAUUUUCUAACUCCCAGAUAUGUGAAUCGUAAAGGUGUAGCAUUACCAACAAGUAGUGAAGAAACAAAACGAGCAAAAAGAGAAAAUUUAGAACAAAAACAAAUUCUUGUAGCUGAAUUAUGUGCAAUUCAUCCAUUUCCAGCAUCUUUAUGGAGACAAGCAGUUUGUUUACCAUGUAUUUUAUAUAGAAUUAAUGCAUUAUUACUUGCCGAUCAAAUACGUUGUCAAGUUGCACAAAUGAUUAAUUUAGGAAAAUCAAAUUUAAGUUCAGAUUUCGAAUGGCCAGCACUAGACUUUGGAUGGAGUUUGGCAGAAGUAUUAAAAAAAUCAAAAGAAGUUGAGAAAGCUAAACAAUCUAAAAGUGAAUCUGUACAAACUACAAACAAGUGCCAAAAUGUACAAACAAAGGAGACUGACAAUACAAAAGAAUUUAAAAUUGAAAAAUUAGAGACUGAUCAUAUUAUUUCUGAUAAAAAUAAUGAUACAAAAACAGAGCAGCCAUUAAGUGAUUUAGAAAAAGAUACUAAUGAAACAAAUACAUUAUCAGAUAAUUUAAAAGAUGAUGAAUUAGAAAUUGGUACUUGGUCAAAUGAUAUGGCGGCAGAUUCCAUGGAUUUUAACACGGAUAAUAUCAAAUCAUUUCCUUUGAAUGUUACUAUGUUAGAACAAGAUUUUACUUGGAACGACAUCAGAUAUGGAUCUCCUGCUUGCGAAUCAGACUUCGAUGGUUAUGAAUCUGAUGAUACAUAUAGUGAUGGUUUUAUGGAUUCAUCUGACGAUACCGAUGAUGAAAGUAGAGGAUUAAGAAUUUCUUAUAUGAGUGAAAAUAUAGCUGAAGCUGUGGAGGAUGAAAAACAUAUAAAUAAACAAGAAAUAAAUAAAAAAAUUUUGGAAUUGUUAGAAACGGAAAAGAAUGUAGAUGAUAAUUUUUGGUUGUUCGUAAAGGAAGAUGAUGAAACUUUAAUUAAAAAGCACAAAGAAGAACAUUAUAAAUAUUCUAAAUUAAAUGAACAUGAAAUAAUGAAAAAUGGAUCUUUCAUAUCUUGUGAUUCUGAGAUUAUAAUUGAUAAAAAGAGCAUACUUAGUACUCAACGCGAAGUUAAUAAAGAAUCUUAUAUAUAUAAGGAUUAUAUAGAAAAUAUUGUAGAUACAUUUACUAAAGAAGUAUUAAAUAAAAAUUGCGCUGCACAUCCAACGAAGAAACAAAUCAAGAAACUAGAAAAAACGUAUCUAAGAGACAAUAAUCUUUUUAGUUUUGAUUUUCAACCAGAAUUGAAGGGUCAUCCAGGACCAAGUCCGAGUUUAAUUUUACAAGCUUUAACUAUGUCUAAUGCUAAUGAUGGAAUUAAUUUAGAACGUUUAGAAACUAUUGGUGAUUCUUUUCUCAAGUAUGCAAUAACAACAUAUUUAUAUUGUACUUAUGAUAAUAUUCAUGAAGGUAAACUUAGCCAUUUACGAUCAAAACAGGUUAGCAAUUUAAAUCUAUAUAGAUUAGGAAGGCGAAAAAUGUUAGGUGAAAGUAUGAUAGCCACGAAAUUUGAACCACAUGAUAAUUGGUUACCACCUUGUUAUUAUGUUCCAAAAGAGCUUGAACAAGCUUUAAUUGAAUCAGGUGUACCUUCUACUCUUUGGAACCAAGCUGACAUUCCAACUUUGCAAACAGUAGAUCUAACUGAAAUAACUCAGCUAGUUAAAGAAACAGAACAAAAGCUUGGUAUUAUGAAAAAUGAACUCGAUAAAAAUGAGAGUAAAUUAUCAAAUAGUAUAGAUAAUUUACGUUGUUUCAUACCAUAUAAUUUAAUUACACAACACAGUAUUCCUGAUAAAAGUAUAGCAGAUUGUGUAGAAGCAUUAAUUGGUGCAUAUCUAAUAGCAUGUGGUCCAAGAGGUGCUCUUUUGUUUAUGGCUUGGUUAGGGAUUCAUGUUUUACCUACGGAAGAAGUUUGUGUCAUACAAGAAAAUGAGCCAGAAGAUAAUAUUCCAGGAAGCACACCUUAUAUCAAAAGUAUUAAAGAAGAUAACCAAAUCACUUGGACGCGAAUUCAAUAUGGCAAAUUAGAAGAACCACAAAAUCCAUUAGUUCGUUACAUUCCUAAUCCAGAGUCUGAAUUAAAAAUGAUGCUCGAUGGAUAUGAUGAAUUAGAGAAAAGUAUAGGAUAUAAAUUUCAUGAUGUUAGCUAUCUUUUACAAGCAUUUACACACGCAUCUUAUCAGCCAAACAGAUUAACAGAUUGUUAUCAACGUUUAGAAUUUCUUGGAGAUGCUGUUUUGGAUUAUUUAAUAACAAGGCAUUUGUACGAAGAUUCUCGACAACAUUCACCAGGUGCUUUGACAGAUUUAAGAUCAGCAUUAGUAAAUAACACAAUAUUUGCUUCAUUGGCUGUCAGAUGUGGAUUUCAUAAAUAUUUUCGUCAUCUCUCUCCUGGUUUAAGUAUUGUAAUAAAUCGCUUUGUGAGAAUUCAAGAAGAAAAUGGACACUCUAUUAGCGAAGAGUAUUACUUGAUCGGAGAGGACGAGUGCGAAGAAGCUGAAGACAUUGAAGUGCCAAAAGCUCUAGGGGAUGUUUUUGAAUCAUUAGCUGGUGCAAUUUAUUUGGACAGUGGUAUGUCUCUUGAUGCUGUUUGGGGUGUUUACUAUAAUAUAAUGAAAUCAGAAAUUGAACAAUUUAGUACAAAUGUUCCUAAAUCUCCAAUUAGAGAAUUGCUAGAAUUAGAACCCGAAACAGCAAAGUUUAGCAAUCCAGAAAAAUUAGCUGAUGGGCGCAGAGUGAGAGUAACAGUGGAUGUAUUUGGUAAAGGUUCCUUUAAAGGAAUCGGAAGAAAUUAUAGAAUUGCCAAGUGCACUGCAGCUAAGUGUGCUUUAAAAAAAUUGAGAAAGAUACAAAAUUAUCCAAAGGGAAAACCUUGAUGUCAUUUAUAAUAAUAAUAAUAAUAAUAUUAAUAACAACAAUAAUAAUAAUAAUAAUAAUAAUAAUAA